CUGGCUGCUACCAACCAGGACACUGACCAGGUGGACCUUGAGUUUGUUGAUGAGGUGAUCUCAGACGGAGCUGAUCCAAACAGCAGUGACAGAUAUGGACAAACCAUCCUGCAUGAGAUCUCCAGGGCGUGGAGUGUGGAUGUGAUGCAGUUCUUCUUGGACCGGGGCUCAGACCUCCACCAACCGGAUCAGUUUGGAGUCACUGCACUUCACGUGGCCUCUGCACUGGACUACCAGGACAUGGUUCAGUUCCUGCUGGAGCGACAAGCUGAUCCAGAGGCUCGGACUCUUCUGGACCAGCAGAGUCCUCUUCACUUUGCUGCCAAGAAUGAUGCUGUUGGUUCCAUCAGACUGCUGCUAAAGGCCGGAGCCUCCAUCAGCUGUACUGACUACAAACACAGAACCCCACUGCAGCUCGCUGCCAACAUGGAACGAAGUGAAGCAGCUCGGGUGCUGUUGGAGCUUGAGGCAGAGGCAGGGACGAUGGACUCUGAUGGACAACUCUGUAUAACUGCUCUUAUUGGUCGGAUGAGUCCAGUGGCCCAGUUGGCACUCAGUCAGUUCCAUGUGACUGACAGAAUGACCCGACAGCAUUACUACUACCUAAACCUGCUGGAGCCGGAACCACACUCACCUGAGUCCCACCUGCAAGAAGCAGUUCUCAUUGAGCCGACGUCUCCACUGGAGGUGGUAGUGCAGCAGGGGAAACUUGACCUCAUCAUGCAUCCAGUCUUUCUCAAACUGAUCCAGGUCAAAUGGAAACUUUACGGAAGGCUGGGGGCUUGGCUUCUCCUCAUCCUCAACUUUCUGUUCAACCUCUCCUGGACAACGGUUGCCAUUUCCAUGUCCGUGUACCGAGACUCAUCUUAUCGCUACGUCCUCCCACAGGACUGGUGGCGUGUCUUCCUUGUGAUCAUUGCACUCCUGUUGACUCUGGAGGAGGUGCUGAGGGAGGUGCAAGACAUCCUGCGUUCGAGGAGGAAGCGCUGCCUCUGGCGGCGGUGGGCAGAGCGUCAUCUUCAGGAUGACCUGCGCUGCUCUCACCCCAUGUGGCCUCAGGAGAAAGUUUUCCUUUUGGACCAGUACAAACAGAUUCACAGGAUGAGAGGAAGUUAUAGCCGGGACCUAUGGAACGUGUUUGAUUGGCUGGUGUACACUCUGCUGGCGCUGUCAUUCAGCGUCCACAUGGCUGACGUGUUUCGUCCUUCCGUCGUUCUUCACACCAGCAGUCUGCGUCUCUUUUCUGUCACCAUCAUCUUCUUGUGGCUGCGACUGAUGAAGCAUGUCAGAGCCUUUAGGUUGAUGGGUCCAUUCAUUGUCAUGUUGGGAAACGUUGUCGGGGAUGUGAUGCGUUUCCUGUUCCUGUAUGCUGAGAUCUUUAUUCCCUACGCCUGCAGCUUCUGGAUCAUAUUUGGAGGCUCAUCCUCAGUUCCCAGCAUGCAGUCUGUCCCCGGCCUACUGUACAGUCUGUACCGCAUCACUCUGGUGGAUGAGUAUGAGUACACUGCCAUGGUUACGGUGGACAGCGUCAUGGCUCCUCUCCUGUGUGGGACGUUUCUUGCUGCAUCCUCCAUCCUGUGUGUCAACAUGCUGAUCGCCCUGCUCACUGACACCUUCCAGAGGGUGCAUGAUAACUCUAAGGCAAACGCUGUGAUGCAGCAGGCUUCCGUCAUCCUGCAGGUGGAGGACUCAAUGCCCCUCCUCCGCCGUUUCUAUGACAACCAUUACAUCUCCACCCACUGCGCACCUCUGGUAGAUUCCCGAGAUGAUGACAUCAUCAAAACAAAUUCUCGUUACCAUGAUGAGAUGGGCCGCAUCACUGCACAGAUCAAAGAGACUCUGGAUCAAUUCCUGGUUCUGCAGAGAGACGUGGAGACACUAGGAGGUUCUGGUGUCCAUAUGGACGUGAAUCUGCAGAACCAGAACCUCCCAAACCUGGAGCUUCAGGAUCAGAAACUGCAGAACAAUGACCUUCAGAAGCAGAUCCUGCAGAACCAGGAGCUUCAGGACCAGUUCUUGCCAAACCAGGAACUUCAGGACCUAAACAUCCAAAACCAGGAAUCCAACCAGAACCUGUUAAACCAGGAGCUACAGGCUAUCCGAGCAGAGCUGAAACAGCUCCGGGCUCUGAUCCAGCAGAGUCUGGUUCAGAUUGGGACGGACUCAGGUUAACAGAUCUGAAUCUGAACGGAGAUCAAACCUGACUGAUUUGUGAACCUGAUCAGACCUGAUUAGACUGGAUCAGAUUGGAAUGUUCUGAGUCUCUAAACUCUCAGUAAUGUAAAAUAAAAUGAAAUAAUAACAAA